AUUUGAUCCGUUGAGUUGAAUUUUUGACAGGUCAAUAUCUAGAUCGUAACUUGACGUGUAAGGGAAAAAGAAGAUUAAAUUUAACAAAGACCACUGGCAAGCUGUUGUUCACAAGGAUGGAUAAAGAAGGAUUUGGCAAAUAUUUUAAAAGUAUAUACCAGAAUGGAUGCCUGAUGCUAUCCAUUGGCCUAGGCCAUGACCUUGGACUCUUCAAGGUCAUGUGUGAAGCUAAGAAACCUAUAAGUGUAGAAGAAGUAGCAGAGUGUUUAAAGUUAAAAGAAAGAUACACAAAGGAAUGGUUGUCUGCUAUGGUAGCUGCUGGUAUUAUUUUACAGAACAGAGAAACAAACCUGUACACAGUGCCUGAGGAGUUCAGAGAAACCAUUAUGACACAGAUGGGCUUCGCACCCAUUUUGUUCACACUAGGCAAGCGGUCAGAUAAAGUGAAGGAGUGUUUUAAAAAGGAUGGUCCUUAUGGAAUAAGUUACCAAGAUGAGGAAGCAUCUGGCUGGUUUGACUGGUUUGAUGGAUACAGGUCGUUGAUGUGCGAUAACACAGUGGACAAUGAAUAUAUACCAUUACUAACUCAACAGGGAGUGGUGCCAAAACUUGAAUCUGGCAUCAAAGUUCUUGAUGUGGGUUGUGGUUCUGGAAGCUAUGCAAAUGUCCUUGCACAGAGAUUCCCUAACUCUACAUUCGUUGGACUGGACUACUCUGAAGUUGGUGUGGAGAAGGCCAACAGAACUAAAAGCAAAAAAGGAUUAACUAAUAUAACAUUUACCACAGGGGAUGCCCACAAUCUACCGGAGGAAUGGACUGAAAGUUUUGAUUUUGUGUUUGUGUAUGAUGUACUACACGAUUUACCAAAUCCACAUAAAGCUUUAGAACAAAUAUACAAAGUGCUGAAAAAUGAUGGUUAUUUCAGUCUCAUAGAAAUAGGUUUCCAUAGCAACCCGGUGGACAAUGCUGGCGAUAGAAGCGCAGCAAUGUAUUACGCAUGCAGCAGUUUUAUAUGUCUGCCGUCAAGUAUGACACAAGAGCCUCGUAUUGGUUACGGUGCAUGCUGGGGCAGGGAAGAAAUUGAAAAGGCGAUAAAACAGGCAAAUUUCAAAAUAAGUGGUAAAUCUUCACUUAUUGUGAUUGGAACAAAGGCGUUUUUCCUCUGCACGAAGUAGACUUUAACUUAUCAAAUUGUUAAUCAGAAAAAAAGAUGACUUAUUUUAAAGUUCAUACUAAAUGAUUUAGUUUGAUAAUAAACAAAUUUUACAACUUGUACAGCUCACUCUCGACACCACAUUUCUGAUGUGCCAUAAGGGUAUGAACUGAGAACAAGGCCAGUUUCUUGCAUAUGAAAUGGGAGUAUCCAGUGGUUUCCCUAGUGCUGGAAAACUCUAUCUUACACUCGGGGCUUAAGAAUACAUCCCUGCUGUAAAUGACACAUAACGGGACAUAUAACAAACUACAUUUAUGUACAUUUGUGCUUUAAAGUAUGCAGUUUUACAUAUAACUGGAUAAAAAUAAAAUUCUUUUUUCACUA